GCAACGUUUUGUUAAGCAAUUUAAACACAUUUCAAAUAAAAUUAAUUUUUGAUUAUACAUAGAUAAAAGAAAAGAUGUUGCAGCCGCUGAAGCCGAUGCGUUAUUAUCUCAUGGAUGAGAUUGUGACGCACAAUCGCAAAGAUGACUGUUGGGUUGUCAUACAUAAGAAUGUCUUUGAUCUGACGCCAAUGAUCAAGGAUCGCUUGGAUCACUGGAAUCGCAACAUGGACUAUCUGGUAGCACAUGCUGGCAAGGAUCUUACCCAUUUAUUCCAUGAGAAUGGCGAGCCUCGCACUGAGAUCUCUCCCAAUUCGGGACUUCCUCGAGUGCUUUUCCCCCCCAUUCUGGAGGUGGCUAUCAGCGAGUUCUCUCGCACCAAGCACGCCAUGUGGAGUCAGGAUCCUCUCUAUCAUGUUGGUCGCAUCACAAGACGUCCUCGUCGCAUUCGCAUUAUCAAUGCGCUGACGGCUAAAGUGCAGUUCAUGAAUGUCUGCGAUGAGGAUAGUAUCUAUGAUAUACAACAGAAAUAUAAAUUGCGCUACAACCAUCACGCAGGGAGCUACGAAUGGCGCAAGUUCUCCAAUGGCGCCAAGAUCUGUGGCGUUUUGAACCUGAACGGUACCCUAGACGAGAACGGACUGACAGAUGAUGAGGAAUGCAAUGUGGAACUGCCCCCGCCCUCCAUUUGGCUUUACUACACAGAUGACUUGACCAUUGCCUGAUUAACUUUUGCAAUUCGUGUGUAUUUAUUUUAUUUAUUUUUUUUUUUUUGGUAGGUUAUUGGAAAAUUUGUUGUGCAUGUUGCAAGUAAAGACCAUUUCAAGCUAGACUGCGUUCGGGUCUAAAAGGCA